AUGAUAUCUUGGAGAAAACAUUCUCCACUUUUCCUGCCUCGAGUAUGCUCUUGCGGCGACAAUGGUGAGAUGAGGCUGAAAUAUUCUGAACUAAUUUCACAUCUUUUAGUGGCUGAACAACAUAAUGAAUUAUUAAUGAAAAAUUAUGAAAGCCGAUCUACUAGUAUUACCCCAUUCCUUGAAGUGAAUGAGGCAAAUUUUCACCAUUCUAGACGUGCAAGAGGUCGUGGCCCCAGACAUGGUCAUAGCAAUGGUCGAGGAAGAAAUUUUAGUCAUGAUUCUUGUCUUGCACCAAAUAAUACCCUUCACCACCAGCAGUAUAAAAAGAAGGAUGAAAAGCAUGAAGCUGUGCAAAAGAAAGAUUCAGAAAAUAAAUGCUAUCGAUGUGGAGAAAAGAGGCACUGGUCACGUACCUGUUGUACGCCAAAGCAUCUAGUUGAGCUUUAUCUAGCCUCCCUAAAAAAGGCAGAAAAGAAUGCCAAAGCAAAUUCUAUUUCUGAAGCUAAUGUUGAGCUCAUGCAUCUAGAUGUGGUAGAUUUCUUUGAACUCCCUGAACGAAAAAUAGAUCAUCUGAUCGGUGAUGGAUCUGUAAUAAUUUAG